AUGACAUCGUCUUCUUCUAAUUUUUACGAAAAUUUAUGCUCCCCAGAUUCAGAAUCCUGGCUCAACUCUCCUGAAACCGUCUUGAUAUUUUCACACAUUAUGGCUCUCCUUGUAACCCCUUUACAUCUUUUUGGAGCAUACUGUAUUUCGAAAAAGACACCUUCAACGAUGCAUUCUGUAAAAUUGACCCUUCUGAAUUUUCAUUUCUGGAAUGUUCUGGUGGAUUUGAUGUUGAAUGUGUUUGCAAUCCCAUUUCCUCUCUUUCCAAGCGCAUCUGGAUUUCUACUUGGCUUAUUUAGCUACUGGGGUAUCAGACAGACGGUUCAGUUGUGGAUAUUGAUAACUUCAUUAUGUUUUAUUUGUGUCUCUACAACGAUGAUAUUUGAGAACCGGUUCCGUUUACUGAACCAUAAAAAUAAGCACUGGAAGAAAUUUCAACCAUUUUGGGUUGUUGGAAAUAUCUUGUUUGUUUUUAUCUUCCUUAUACCUACGAUGCUGCAAGUUCCAGACCAGGAUCAAGCAAGGCAAAUGGUUCUUAUUAAACUUCCUUGUAUCCCCGACUUCCUCUACUCAACGGAAAUUAUAGUUCCUAGCCUAAACAAUGACAUCAUAGUCUUCACUGCACUUGUAUUUAUCCUUGUUGUUUUUGGCCAACUUUUAACAUUCACCAUCGUGAUUAUAGUGCAAUUAUCUUCAAACUUUGGUGCUAAUUUGCUCUCGGAAAGUACACGACGUCUUCAGAAGAACCUUCUGAAGGCGUUGAUAUGGCAAACCGGGAUCCCAUUAAUAUAUCUAGUGCUUCCGGCGUCCCUUUCGAUGCUGACGAUUCCAUUGGGAAUUUAUAGUCGACCAUUCAACAAUAUUAUCGUAGCGGUGACUUCGCUUCAUGGCCUGGUUAGCACACUAUCCAUGAUCUUGAUACACAAGCCUUAUAGGAGUACUGUAGCAAAAUGCUGGAAGAAGAAAGGGACCGGAGAAAACUCAAGGCUAGUCAAUAACUUUCCUUUGUUUUCAACUAACACAGCAGUAGGAUAUUAUGUGACACAUUAA